CUGUGGGCUAGCCGCGACUCCGAAGGCGCGAACAGUGAGUCAGCAGCUCAGCAAACGGUUGCCGACGGCGGCAACAAUGCGGCGAUGGCUUCACUUUCGCUCCCCCGAACUGUCAACCGCUUCUUCACAAACGCUUCUCCGGUCAAUGCCUGGAAUUCGCGAAUACGGAAUUCGGUUGGUCUGAACAACCCCCACGAUGCGCUCGCCCUCUUCCGCCAGAUGAAACGAGACGGCGCUGAGCCAAACAACUUGACCUUUCCUUUUAUCGCCAAGGCAUGUGCCAAGCUUGCUAAUCUGGGUUGGUCCCAGAUUUUCCAUACUCACUUCCUGAAAUCGCAGUUCUACUCCGAUGUGUUCGUACAGACGUCUUUGCUGGACUCGUAUUUGAAAUGCGGUCGACUAGACAUGGCGCACAACGUGUUUGUGAGAAUGCCCGAGAGAGACGCCACGUCGUGGAACGCGAUGCUAGUGGGGUUUUCUCAACUGGGUACCCACGAUAGAGUGUUUGCCAUUUUCAGGGAGAUGAGGUUUGCCGGGAUGUCCCCCGAUUCUGUUACGGUGAUGGGAGUCAGUCGAGCCGUGUCUAGUGUGGAGAAUUUGGAUUUGGCCAGAGGGUUGCAUGCCUUUGGUAUUCGAAUAGGGGUCGAUUAUGAUGUCUCCGUGGCUAAUACUUGGGUAUCUUUGUACGCUAAAUGUGGCGACUUGAGGUUGGCUGAAUUGGUUUUUGGCGGGAUUGAAGCUGGGUUGAAGAGUCUUGUUUCAUGGAACUCUUUGAUUGGUGGGUAUGCUUACUCUGAGAAAUAUGUUGAUGCCUGGAAUGCUUACCAAGGGUUGCUGUUGGUAGGAUUCAGGCCAGAUAUAAGUACACUCGUAAGCUUGCUCUCUUCUUGCGCUCGGCCUGAGGCAUUAUGUCAAGGUAGACUGAUUCAUUCUCAUGGAGUCAGAAUUGGUUGUGAUACUGAUGUUUCCGUUUGCAACACACUUAUAUCUAUGUAUUCCAAAUGUGGUGACAUUGACUCGGCAAGGUUCUUGUUUGACGCCAUGAGUAACAGAAGCUCUGUUUCCUGGACUGCUAUGAUCGGUGGAUAUGCCGAGAAAGGAGAUCUGGAUGAAGUAUUGACAUUGUUUAAAGCCAUGGAAAGAACCAGCGAAAGCCCCGAUUUAGUCACCGUGCUUUCUGUGAUUUCAGGCUGUGGUAAUGCUGGGAUUCUCGAAACUGGAAGAUGGAUUCAUAAUUAUGCAGAGUCGAUUGGGUUAAAGAAUCGUGUCCCAGUUUGCAAUGCUUUGAUAGAUAUGUAUGCAAAAUGUGGAAGCAUAAGUGACGCCCGGGCUCUAUUCUGCACCAUGCCUGAUAAAACUGUGGUAUCUUGGACAGUAAUGAUUUCAGGUUGUGCAUUGAAUGGACUGUUCACAGAAGCUUUGGAUCUUUUCUAUCAGAUGGGAGAAUCUGGUCUAAAGCCAAACAGUAUCACAUUCCUUGCUGUGCUCCAAGCUUGCUCUCAUGGUGGCUUCCUGGAAAAAGGAUGGGAGCUCUUCAAUCUCAUGACUAGAAAAUACAAAAUCAAUCCAGGGGUGGAUCAUUGUUCUUGCAUGGUUGAUCUACUCGGACGUGCAGGAAAGCUAAAUGAAGCAUUAGAUUUCAUCUUAAACAUGCCAGUGAAUCCGGACGGGGCCAUUUGGAGUGCAUUACUGUGUUACUGCAGGAUUCAUAACAAUGUCGAGAUUGCUGAAUAUGCAGCCACCCGUCUCUUCGAGUUGGAGCCUUCUGUGGCCGCAGCUCCAUACGUGGAGAUGGCCAACAUAUAUGCAUCUGCUGGAAGGUGGGACCAAGUUGCAGGGGUGAGAAGCCUGAUGAAACAGAACAGGUUGAAGAAGUCUCCAGGGAAAAGUUGUGUUGAAGUGAAUGGGAAGCUCUGUGAGUUCACUGUUGAAGACAGAGGACAUGAUGGAGGUGAGUUGAUAUAUGGUGUUUUGGAACAUGUUUUCUUGCAGUUGAAGGAACAAGUGGCUAAUGAAGAUUCACUUGGGAUUAUGACUUGUGAUUUGCAACUUAUGUAG